GAAAGGGUGAGCAGCCCAACUGACUAUUUAGUCCACCCUCCGUAUAUUCCAUGUUUUAUGUUUGCAUGAGUUCAGUUUGUCUGCUUCAUUACAAAUUCUUUAGAUAUUUCUUGCUUUUGACUGUUGGUCUGAUGGACCUCUUUAUUGUAACACUAACUGUUUUACAUUUGCUUUUUAGUGAUGAUGCUUUGGGCUGCAAAGGACACUGGGAGGGUUGAAGCAGUUGUUGGCCCAAACAAACUGUAUGAUCAUUCUUUUCGCACCCUGCAGGGGAAUGAGUGGCUUUCGGAUGAAGUUAUUGAUGCAUAUGUGCACUACAUUUUGGAGAAACAACAGAAACCAAUACACCAGAUGUGUGCAGUUGUGGCAACAUCUUUGUUUACUGGCAAAUUCCGAACUCUCAUGAAGAUGAAAUUUCCUGUGGUGGAGAAGUGGGCAUGCCCCGUGAAUGUUGGAGCCCAUUGGAUACUUGUGGUUGUCGACAUUCCCCUCAAAAAAAUCAUUCUGAUGGACCCAUUUGGAAAUGAAGCCUCCUAUGAGAGGAGAAUUUUGCGCAACUGGAGGAAUUUUAUGAAACAGAGAGGGGAUGAUGAGAGCAGAGCAACAUGGACAGUAGCAACCCUGCAACACAACAAGCAGAGAGAUGGUAGCAGUUGUGGCGUUUUCAUUUUGAAGCUUCCCCCGUCCCCCGCCGCUACGGACCUACCACCGCCUCUAGAGCGGUAUUUCUUCCGGCCCAAACGGCUGGCCAAUAAGGGGGCCAGCGUGGUGCGGGAUGUCAUCCCGUGGACACGUGAAACCCCGGACUAA